CAAGGACCUGGGCGGGGUGGAGCUGAUGGUGGGGCUAGCGGACUAUCCCAGACUGGCGCCGCCUAGCCCGCUGGCGCUGCUGAAGGCCCACUUGCACGAGCUGUCAGCGCCGUCAGAGGGGCCCUCCUCCCAGAGGCAUGGGCCCUCUCCCCGUGCGCCUCCGCCCGCCGCCUCCGCUGCUGCCGCUGCGGUUCCGCCUGCGCUACUGCCCCGGGAGCAGUUGCCGGCCUGCCUGGGCUCGCUGCAGCCGCCCGCGACGGUGGUGGUGGGGCCGGGGUGCAGCAUUCAGAACACCCGCGGCUUUGCGAUCUCCCUCGUCAAAAAGCGAGCGCUGGUGGCCUAUCACGAGCUCAUCCACAGCCCGCACCACCACCACCACCACCACCACCAGCAGUCCGACACCUCCGGCGGAGGCGGAGGCGGCUCCUCGGCAUCCGGACACGGAUCUGGCGGGGGCGGUGGCGGGGGCUGCAGUCUGGCUGCGGCGCUUGCGGGCUGCCGGCUGCUGGUGUGCCGGGGAGCCACUCUGGGUCCCAACAACAGUCGGGGCGCGGUGGGGGUGGUGGAGGCGGAGUACCACAUGAUGGAUGGGGAUGCGGUCAACCGCCGUACGGCGUCGAGGCAUUUCCAUGCCGUACAGCUAGCAGCGCGGCAGCUGCAGGAGGGCCUCGCCUCCCCCGGAGUGGACUGGACGGCUCAUCGCAUCCGACUGGAGGGCACCCCAGCUCGCCCGGGGAGAAGAGCGACGAAGCUUGACGUGGCCGCAACAGCGGCAGCGGCAGCAGCAGCUUCCUCCGCUGCUAGCGGCCAAACUAGCAGCCAGACGGCGGGUGCGUCCAUGUACGAUAAUCCUGGCGGCGGAGGUGAGGAUACCGCCACUGACAGUCGUAGCGGCAGCAGCCGGCGGUUAGGCAACGGAGUGGUGGUUGGCUGCCGUACUUUGCGACAGUUGUUGGUUGCUAGCGUUGCACGGGCUCAACGACGACAACGUGGA